AUGCUCGCAUUCGAAAACCAUAGCAAGGGCAACGAUAAGGUCCCAUUCGAUGAAAUCCCACACGGAAUCCUGCAACUAUUCUCUAAAUGGACCGGUAAAGUCGCUAGUCGGCCAGUCAUGAAGAAAACCCUCUUCCCGUUGUGUCCGCCGGGACAUGUCAGCAUUACCAAAGGCAUGCAUGUAAUGCUGGUCAACGAGUCACUCGUUAAGCAGAAAGCGCAGGGCUACCCCAAUUUGGCCAAAGCCCGCGCGAAGCUAUUCGAGUUGACGCAAGCUGGUCUCGAUCCACGAAAACCUGAGAACAGAGCAAAGGUCAAGGAGACAAAAGCCGCGGUGAGGCCGGAUGAUUCCGGUCUCCUUGACUUGGUGCCUGCAAUCGCAACGGGUCGAGUGUAUACCAGUACGUCUGGCUCCUAUCGAGGUCCUAAAAAAGCGAGUGCACAGGUCGAGAUUCGGAAUCAGCAAGAAGGAGAGUCUGGCGUCGGGCAGGUUGUCAAUUCUCUUACUUGCAUGCAAUGCAGUCCGCCAAAGCAGUUCAAUACGAAGAGUACCUUGAGCCAUCAUCGUAUGAUGGCGCACUCUAACAGGCGUUACGAUUGCGCAUGGGCACUUCAAGGCAGAGGAUGCGAUCGGAUGGGCAUAGAGAGAGGUUACUCGACCAAGGCGAACCUCAAGAAGCACUACAAGUCCACUCAUAAUGGCAUUGAAGUUCCGCCGCCAAAAUCUGGUAACGAGUGA